AUGGCGUCUUCGAGCGCCACGCCCCCGUCGACAUCGACAUCGACGUCCGCAGCAGCCGCAGCCUCGCUCCAGGUUGCUGCUGCUGACGCGCCAAGCGAUGGAAAACUGCCAGCCCGGCCGAAGCAAUUGGUCAAUGACCCUGCCCGCACUGGCUUCGAUCCCGAGACGAAAUGGUGGAUGAACUACUUCAAGAUCCUGUCGAACCAGAUGACCCCGGAGGGCAAGUUUCACUAUAGAGAAUGGCGGUACAAGGUCCACGAGGAGCGCGACUGCAAACGCUGUGAAGAGUACAAGGACUGGCUAUUCACGUAUUCCCCCGUAGUUCGAUUCCUCUCCGACAAGAUCCAAGACCUCAAUGGCAAGCUGGACCGCUCCAACAUCCAUUGCCGUCGAUGCCCCUCUGUCCUGGAGGAGGAUGGCACGGUAAAUCGCCAGGCCGGCGGCUUCGAUCCGAACCAUGGCAUCCUGAUAUGUGCAAAUGAGGUGCGAGACCGUAAGCACAUGGAAGACACGGUGGCACACGAAAUGGUUCAUGCGUGGGAUCACUUGCGAUGGAAGAUGGACUGGGUAGGAGACAAGGACUUGAAGCAUGCCGCAUGCACCGAGGUUAGUCUGCACAGCCUGCUUUUCGCAGCCCACCAGGUCCCUUGUGACCGAGGCAUCAUUAUGGCCGUACUAACAUGUUUUUGUUCCCAGAUCCGAGCUUCAAUGUUGAGCGGCGAGUGUCGAUGGACAAGAGAAGCCUUCACCCGAGGCCAGUGGUCCGUCACGCAACAAUUUCAAAACUGCGUCAGAAGACGGGCAAUACAAUCCGUCAUGGCCCGACCCCGGUGCAAAGAUGACGUACAGGCGACCAAGGUUGUCAACGAAGUUUGGGAUUCAUGCUUCUCCGAUACGAGACCCUUUGACGAGGUAUACAGGUGA